AUGAUACUUGAUAUCCGUCAAGGUAAAGAUAUGAUAUCCUCAACUUUCUCCCAGGUUCAUUCAUUUUGUGCCAAAGUUGUCAAAGAUCAUUCUCUUAUUGAGUCAUCAACUACAAGGAGAAAACAGCUGGCAGAGUCCAGCUGUUUUUGUCUUCGUUACCCCAAGAAAACCAGUUACCAGAUCAAUUCUUUUAUGAAGGAUAUGGCUGUUCUUGCACCAGCAAGUUCAUGUUUUGGAGCAAAGUAUCAGGCUCUAGCACCAUUGAGAAUUUUAAGGGGUCUGGUGUGUCUACUGGUGCUGCUUUCAACAGCAUUUAUAAUGUUAGUGUUCUUUGGCUUUAUAAGUGCUGUUAUAGUUCGACUUUUUAGUAUCAGUUACAGCAGGAGAGCGACUUCCGUUUUCUUUGGUGCCUGGCUUGCUUUGUGGCCCUUUCUAUUUGAAAAGAUCAACAAGACUAAAGUUGUGUUUUCUGGAGAUAGUGUUCCUUCGAGAGAACGGAUCUUACUGAUCGCAAAUCAUAGAACUGAGGUUGAUUGGAUGUAUUUGUGGGACCUUGCCUUGAGGAAGGAAUGCCUUGGAUACAUAAAAUAUAUUCUUAAGAGCAGCUUGAUGAGACUUCCUGUUUUUGGUUGGUCAUUUCACAUACUAGAGUUCAUCCCAGUGGAAAGAAAGUGGGAGGCUGAUGAGUCAAUCAUGCGCCAUAUGCUUUCCACAUUCAAGGAUCCCCAAGAUCCUCUGUGGCUUGCUCUCUUCCCAGAAGGAACUGAUUUUACUGACCAAAAGUGCCUUCGGAGUCAAAAAUAUGCUGCUGAACAUGGGUUACCAGUUCUGAAAAAUGUUUUACUUCCAAAGACAAAGGGCUUCUGCGCCUGCUUGCAAGAGUUGAGGGAAUCUCUCACUGCAGUUUAUGACGUGACCAUUGGCUACAAAGACCGCUGUCCAUCUUUCUUAGACAAUGUCUUUGGGGUGGAUCCUUCUGAAGUUCAUAUUCAUAUCCGCCGUAUCCCCCUCGGUUCUGUCCCGGUCUCUGAAGAAGAAAUGUCCACUUGGUUGGUAAAUAGAUUCCAGCUGAAAGAUCGGUUACUUUCCAAUUUUCAAAUUCAAGGUCAGUUUCCGGAUCCAGCAACAGAAAGGGACCUCUCUAGUGUGAAGAGCAUUUUAAAUUGUAUGACAAUUGUUACUGUUACAGGUACAUGCAUGUACUACAGUUUUUCCUCUCUCUGGUUUAAACUUUAUGUGUCUCUAGUCUGUGCUUAUUUGGUUCCAGCUACAUAUUUCAAUAUUCGGCCACAGCCCAUUCUUAGCAUUUUGAAGAUGAGAUCAACAUGCCACCUCUGA